GCCAAAACGUUUAGGCGUCUAUAAUUGUUACUGUUUUGUGUCAUUUCGACAUCCAAUUUGUAUCUAUAGUAAUCGAAGCAUUCGUAACCGUAAAUAUGUCUACUGAGCGCGAGGACUUUGUAUAUCAAGCUAAACUAGCUGAGCAAGCUGAAAGAUACGAUGAAAUGGUUGAGCAAAUGAAGAAGAUUGCCCAGUUGGGCAUCAGCUUGACAGUUGAAGAGCGGAACCUACUUUCUGUUGCUUACAAGAAUGUUAUCGGGGCUCGACGUGCGUCGUGGAGGAUCAUCAGCAGCAUUGAAAUGAAAGAAGGUUCAAAAGCUCAGAUGCCAAGUGACUAUAGACAACAGGUUGAAGAGGAACUGAAGAACAUAUGCCACGAUAUUCUGAGCGUGAUUGAUCAACACUUGCUACCUCCAAGUCAAACGGACCAAGAUAUUGAAUCUCAAGUGUUUUAUCAUAAAAUGAAAGGAGACUACCACAGGUACUUAGCUGAGUUUGAGACUGGCGACGAAAGAAAAAGUGCAGCCGAGGACAGUUUAACUGCUUACAAAGCUGCAAGUGAUGCAGCAGGUAAACUACCAACCACUCAUCCCAUUAGACUUGGUUUGGCUCUCAACUUCUCUGUGUUCUAUUAUGAGAUCCUAAACUCUCCUGAUCGAGCGUGUAGAUUGGCCAAGGAAGCUUUUGAUCAAGCCAUUGCUGAGUUAGAUACACUAUCAGAGGAAUCAUACAAGGAUUCAACUUUGAUCAUGCAGUUAUUGCGUGAUAACCUUACAUUGUGGACCUCUGACAUGCAGGGGGACGCCGAUGGGCACGAGGGCAACACUGAUGAGGUGCAAGAAAUGCAUGCCACUGAAGCGUCAUAAACUUGGCAUUAUUAACUUUGUGACAUCACAGCUAAUUUGCAUACCAGCAAAUAUUUUAGCCCAGCAGUUUGUAAAUUUCUUUCAAACAGAAUAUUAAAUCUGCAAUUGUAUUUCCAUGUUCGAAUGACGGCUAAAGGAUUUUGGAGAUAGAAUUAUUUGUUGCUACGGUGCAGACUUUUAAUCACCAUUACUCAAAAAUGUUUUUAUGUUUUAUUUCCCGGUCUUUGUAGUUCGUGUCAUGUCUGCUUGCAAAUAUAACCUAUAGAAUAUGUAA